CAGAUGUGGUAUAUUGAAUAUUGCUACAAUCGGAUUGUGACGGAUCUAAAUAAUAUUUAUAUAAACUGGCAAAGCUUUAUAUUACGUAAAGAUGUCUAGUCGACCUACAUUUACUAUAUUGUGUUGUGUACAAAUUUUCAUUGGAUUCACAAUGAUUUUAUUAGGAAUUGGCGAUCGUGUGACCGUUGCAGCUCAAUGUAGCUAUUUGAUGUUGCCAAUUUGGAUUGGAGCGUUGGCUGGGUUUGUUGGCUGUUAUGGUCUUAUCAUCGGACACCAGAAUAGACGCUUCCAUAAUAGAAAUGCAGAGAGACAUGGUUUUCAUAAUAGAGAUGCAGAGUCAGCUAUCAAAGCCAUCAACAUAUCCUGUGUUGGACUGUCCUUCCUUGUACUUUAUUUGUAUGGCUCUGUACUAAGCUUCAUUGGCUUCAACAAUGAAUCUGGUUCAAUUGUGGGUAUUUUUUCAACAGCAGUGAUCAUGUGCUUUGCUGAGAUGUUUGUUGGUUGUGGGUUGGCUAUAAUAGAUAGAAAUCAAAUGGUGUGUGAUUCUCCAGUACAACAAUUAGGAAGACAGGGAUAUGGUGUUGUACGCAAUAUGAAUUUCCCAAGUAACCAAGAAAAUCUACCUGGCAACCAAACACAACUGGACAAAUCAAUAAAAAGGGAUUCUGAUGAAACCAUGCUACUUUAAUUUUAUCAGGCUUUGAACAACAUGGUACUGUCUUGGAAAUAAAAUAGUACAUCAGUAGCAAAAUUAUAAUUAUUAUAAAAAAGUGUAUCAAUAGCAUAAAAUAAUUAACACAUUUGUUAGCCUGCAAACAGGGGGAUGAGAAGGAAUGGGGAGACCCCAAGCAGGAGCACCUGAAAGCAGGCUACACAUUUUUAUUAUAUGUACUCUUGCUUUAAGUUACUGUUAUAUUAAACAUAUAGUUCAAACAUGUAAA